UAACAUUGUCUUCCCCCCAUCCCAGUUCUCAUACACCAUUUCAUAUUUUUCCACACCGCCACUCUCCUCCAUUUUCAUUCCCCCAAUCUCCCCCAUGCCCAAUUCUUUAAUCUUUCCACCCAAUUCAUCACCCACUUCACUCCGAUCGCACUAACACAACCCACAAACAAUACCCAAUUCAAUUCCCACAUAAAGUUUCAAUCUUUACAUGUUUCCCAAUUCAAAAACACGACCCACUGCCAUUAAUCCGAUUUCAAAUCGAUAAUAACAACAUGUGGGAAUCGAUUCAUUGAUUUGUUUCAAAAGGGUCUCGUUUAAUUGUUCAUAUUGUUAUUAAUUACGGAUUGUUAGGGUUAAGUGAUUGCGGUGGGUUGUUAUUGAGAUCUAGAUGAUAGAUUGUGGUUGUAGAAAUUGAUUGAAAUCAUAAUAUGGAUAUGGAUUAUAACCCGGAUGUGUGUCGUCUUGAACCCGAAUUGUUGCAGCUGAAUGAAGUGUCUUCUUUGGCUAUUAAGUCGAAUUCUUAUGUUGCAGAUAAGUUGUUUGAACAAUGGCUUUCGCUUCCGGAUUCUACUGCUUUGGUGAAGUCUUUGGUAUACAAGGCGAAGACAGGCGUAUCGUUGAAUGUAUCUGGAGCAACUUCCAGCCCGAAAUCUUGUAACAACCUUGUGCCUCCACUUUCACCAAGAAGCUCUUCUGGUUCACCCCGUAUAACAAAACAGAGGGCGGGCCCGUCUGUUUUAGGUUCUUCUUUGAAAAUAGCUAAUGAGCCCACCAAAGAGUUAAUACCCCAGUUUUAUUUUAAAAAUGGGCGUCCAAUCCCUAACGAACUAAAAGAACGUUGUUUGUUUAGAACUAAUCAGUUCUUCUAUGGUCAUGCCAAUGGACUAUCGGCGGAUGAAUUUAAACCCGUUACAAAGGAAAUAUGCAUGCUUCCGUCAUUCUUCUCUAGCGUUCUUUUUAAAGCGAUAGAUGUUGGUAACACUGGCGUUGUAACCAAGGAUGCGUUUGUGGAUUUUUGGGUCAAUGGUAACAUGUUGACGAAAGAUAUAGCAACCCAGAUAUUUACACUGUUAAAGCAGCCGGAUUUGAGAUACCUAACUCAGGAGGACUUCAAACCCAUACUUCGUGAACUUUUAGUGACGCAUCCAGGGUUGGAAUUCUUACAGGGCACACCUGAAUUUCAAGAGAGAUACGCUGAAACUGUAAUAUACAGAAUAUUUUACUACGUGAAUAGAACGGGUAAUGGUCGUCUUACCCUCAGGGAACUCAAACGUGGAAAUUUAAUUUCUGCAAUGCUUCAUGCUGAUGAAGAAGAAGACAUAAACAAAGUUUUAAAAUUUUUCUCGUAUGAACACUUCUACGUAAUAUAUUGCAAGUUCUGGGAGUUGGAUACGGACCAUGAUUUUUUGAUUGAUAAAGAGAAUCUUAUAAGAUACGGUAACCAUGCACUCACGUACAGAAUUGUUGACAGAAUAUUCUCCCAGGUUCCAAGAAAGUUCACGAGUGAAGUUGAGGGUAAAAUGGGAUACGAAGAUUUUGUUUACUUCAUUUUAUCGGAAGAGGAUAAAUCAUCGGAGCCGAGUCUCGAGUACUGGUUUAAGUGCAUUGAUUUAGAUGGAAAUGGUGUGCUUACUAGAAACGAACUACAGUUUUUCUACGAAGAGCAAUUGCAUAGGAUGGAAUGUAUGGCUCAAGAGCCUGUUCUUUUCGAGGACAUAUUAUGUCAAAUAGUUGACAUGGUUAAACCGCAGGAUGAGGAGUAUUUUACCUUACAUGACUUGAAAGGAAACAAACUUUCCGGCAGUUGUUUCAACAUCCUAUUCAACCUUAACAAGUUCAUGGCCUUUGAAUCUCGUGAUCCGUUUCUCAUUCGUCAGGAGCGUGAGAAUCCAACAAUGACCGAGUGGGAUCGGUUUGCACAUCGAGAAUACAUACGGCUUUCAAUGGAGGAAGAUGCCGAUGACGCUUCUAAUGGUAGUGCAGACGUAUGGGAUGAGUCUCUUGAGGCCCCGUUUUGACCACAAUCUCGAAAACUUCUAAUUGAGGUGAACUAGGAUGCAGUUUUAAGUUAAUUUGGGAUGCAUUAUAGAAGCGUUACACCAUAAAUCUAGUCGACUCGUAUUUUUGCAAAUUUUUGUUUUAAGUCAAAAAACUUAUUUUUUUUUUCGGUAUAAAAUCCGUUGAACGUUUUCUAAAUGGGUCUGGACGACGAGAUGUAUGUUGCAAUUUGAGUUUCUGUAUGUAAUAUCUUGUUUGAAGACGUAGAUUUGUUGUAACAUCACUCGGUCCGUUUCAACUAUAAAGCAAGAUAAUAGUUUUGUUUUGUGACUGA